CAGACAUAAUGUCCAUGAUUUAAACGUCCAGAAGUCGAAUCGUCCAUGAAAUUUUGUCCACACCAGAAACACCCAGUAUCUUUUGUCCAUAAAUUCUUUGACCAGGGGCUAGAAGUCCAUACCCUAAAAUGGUACAUUCUACAUUGGUCCAAUCAAUACCCACUCUCGCAGGACCACUAUGAUGAGUAUCGCCACUUUUGACAAUACUCCCCCCGCGCGGAGUUGCACUGUUGAGGGUGUCACUGUUGGCCGUUGUUUGGCAAAUAAAAUUCAAAGUUGAUGCACUCAUGGCGGAGGCGCCGGCGGGUUGCUCCGCGAUUCGUGCCAGAAGUAUGGAACACCUAUGACGCUGCGCUCGCUGGUGACCAGCGAACCAACAAUGCGGUCGAGGGAUGGCACAACCACUUUCAACAUAUGAUGGUUAUUCGCCAUGCCUCUAUCUGGAGAUUUCUGGAGAACCUGAAGAAAGAGGAGAACGAGAUCCACACGCAGAUCACUCAGGCUCGAGGUGGUCACACAAAGAUCAAGGAGCCUGUGAGCAAGAGGUACGUGCCCAACCAGCGGCAAGUGGAGCGGAUCGUCGAGAACUACCAGACCUACAAGGAUGGCGGCGACAUCCUGAGGGCCAUCGGCUACCACCUCAAGGCGGGCGCGGCACCAAGCGACAACCAAGAGGCGCCGGAAGACGCACAGUGAAUGUGUGAUGAGUGAGGAAUAUGUGAUGAUACAGGAAUUGUGAUUUUCAAUUACAAUAAACAAGGUAGACGCACGUUAAAACCGUGUGAAGCUGAGCUAAAUGUGCGUCUACCUUGGCCUGCGGCGCGCU